GCUUGUUCACCCUUUAUCGCGUAGAAGUUGCAUUUAAUAAUGACAUCGUCACGAGCAGUUAUUACGGUUCUAGUGUUCUUAGGCAUAGCGAUUCAAGGUUAUGAAGCGAGCUUCAAAAUUGGACACCCGUACCGGACGAUUUCAUCAGUCGCCGAGUCUACCAUCAAUUCUGCCCAGAUGGGCUUACAGCUGAUGGAUUUGAAACUUCACAUCGAUCAGAGCAUUGAAUAUCUGUGGGAUAAAUUCCAUACACUGCUCGAAGAACUACGUGAAGCGCAAGAUGUUUCAUGUGGAAAAGGAAUUCAAAAGGACAUCAGUAUACUGAAAGAGAAACUAAUAGAAUUGCCCAACAUUCACGACAAUUUAGACCCGGAAUGUUCCAACGAAGAUAUUGACCGAUUACGUACCGAAGUUCUCGACGAGCUUAAAGCAGUCCGCGAGGGACAGAUGCAUGUGUCCGAACGGCUGGGAAAUGUUUCAUCGUCACGUGAAAUUAAAGUGGCACGUCUUGAACAUCAGCUCCGAGAAAUCGCACUAAACACUCAGGUGUAUAUGCAAAAUCCGGACGGUAAGACGAAUGGGUCGUUCUUCGUCAAAACGACUCGUGCCGCAAAUCACGCCUACGGUGACGAUUGGAUCAUCUUCCAGCAGCGGUACGACGGUACGGUUGACUUCUACCGUAACUGGACGGAAUAUCGGGCCGGUUUCGGUGACAUCGGGGGCGAGUUUUGGCUCGGUCUGGACAAACUGUAUCGCAUACUGAGCUCGGGCCCACGGUACGAGUUAUUGAUCGAGCUGGAAGAUUUCCAGGGUGUAACGGCAUACGAGCAUUAUGAUGAUUUUCUCAUCGGUGAUGAAGGUGAAAACUAUGUGCUUAAAACGCUUGGAAAGGAUACCGGUACGGCCGGUAAUUCGCUUGCAAUACACAAGGGCAUGAACUUUAGCACGUACGACCACAAAACGAACGAUUGUCCUACGUUUUAUCAUGGCGCCUGGUGGUUCUUGCAGUGUUACGAUGCCCAUCUUAACGCAAAGUAUUUAAUUGGAAAGCAAAGUACAAGAGGUGGAAUCAUAUGGCACACGUUUCGUGGUUCGUUUGAGUCAUUGCAAGCGACCAAAAUGAUGGUACGUCCACUGCGUUUAAUUGAUCGUGUAGAACCCAUCGAACCUUAGGAGAAGAAACUACGCAAAGAACCAGGGAAUUUGAUUUAAAGAACCCUAACAAGCUCUUUACAGAAUGGAAGUAUACAUUCAUCGUAAUAAAGGUAAUAAAACAUUGUAGAAACUGUUUUGCUUAAUGUUUCAUUUUCUAAGCAAGUAACAGCAA